GCUUGGUGGUAUUGGCCCUGCUUGGCACACGGGGUGGGGGCCUCAUCCCCAAUAGGGUCCUGUGGGAUGCAGCCAGGACCCCACUGAGAGCUACGUGGAGCCAGGGUCAGAGUGGCAGGAAGAAGAGAUGGGCACUGAGCUGAAACAUGGGAGAUCUGAGUUACAAUUGGAAUCAGCCUUCAUGAUCUGAGAGCCAUCCGGCGGGCCAGCAGCCCUGCUGACACGUGCUCUGCCCCGGGCGUCACGCAGCCUUCUGCCCUGCCAGAACUGACACAGUGUUGAGUCAUCUGGCCCACGGCCUUUUUUCCAGGGUGGGAAUUUGCUCAUCAGCCACAGCCCGUUGGGAUCAGCCAGGAUAUCAGCCCAGGGCAUGGCCGGGGCAACCUGGGAUGGGCACGGAAGCAGUGAUGGGGGCACAUGUUAGAACCCAUGGAGGGAUUCCAUGGCUGAGGGAGCAUCUCUGGGGGACCAUUAAUGGGGUAAUAGUGAUAAGAGCAGGAGGAGCCCUCCCACAGCCCUGAGGUGUGCUAUGCAAUGGGAUGUACUGACUAAACCAGAGCACAGCUCCUUAUUAAGCACAGGUUAAAUCUCCCACCCCCCUAAUUCAGAGCUGCUGCUAUUUAUUAGCACAUUCAACAGUCUCAUUAAGCAGGAGGUUUAAUUACCUGCUGGGCUGGAACUCCAUCUUGUUCCCAGGACUGAGCUAAGCUGUUUCCAGGUGAUGGGCUGGGCAAUGGCAGCACUGGGCACAGGGAUUCCCCAGCAAGGAGUGGGUGGGGGGGUUCCCCAACUCUGUCUCUCCAAAAUGCCCCUGGGGGUGCACAGAGCGGCACCUCAGCCCCAUCCCCAGCUCCCAAAGCAGCCUCAGCAGCACUUCUCCAGCCCCAGCUGCCCCCAAUUCUGCAGUUCCAAGCCCAGCCGUGGGGCUGGGGGCCACCAAAGGGGAAGCAGAACCGGCAGGAAGCCCCUCGGCAGCACAAAGCCUCGUGCAUUUUCCAUCCUUAGCACCGGCCAGAUUUGCAUCGUGCCUGAAUGAAAGCUCAGGAGCCCAGUAUGGAUUUGCAGCGGGGUUUUGGAAAGCAAAAGCAGAUUUUUGCAGUGCGGAGAAAGAAACCAGAUCCUUCGAGGGGUCCCGGGAUGCUUUUAGCUUUGCAGACUUGCCGCAGAAGCAAAUCCCACAAAUUCCUCAUCGGGAAUGAGGUGGGGGGGAGGGCUGCAGGCUCCCCUAGAAUCAAGCUCACGCUCAGUCUAGGACGGCGCCGGGUACCUUCAUAGAUCCCAUCUGGGAGCUGCGUGUUGCUGAUGGACGGAAGAUCCCGGCCCGACAGCCGGCAGGGAAGGGGUGGCCGCCAGUGCGGGGCCCGUCCGGAGCUGGGCCGGGGCCCGCGGGGGGCGUGGGGACUGGCGUGGCGCUGACAUCACGGCCGGUGGCAGCGGAGCCCCGCGCCGCGCGGCUGCCAAAGCCAUUGUGCACCGCAGCCGUCGGAGGGGCCCGCACCGCGCUCUGAUCACGAUGCCUGCUUGGCUCUGACCCAUCCAAAUCUCCAUCCGAGUGAUGCUGGAAUCAAACUCUGGGAACGGCCACGAGGAUGCCUGAGGUGCUGAGCUCCUCCUGCCUGCUGCUCUCCCUGCUCACCCUGCACUGGGCUUGCCUCCAGUCAGCCCGAGCUUUCCCCAGCAGUGCCGAGUACCUGCAGCGGGGCUGGCAGCGACUGCUGGAGGAGGGUGAGGGCUGUGCCGAGUGCUGGCCAGAGGAGUGCCCGGAGCCACGGGGCUGCCUGGCUGGCACAGUGCGGGAUGCCUGUGACUGCUGCUGGGAAUGCGCCAACCUGGAGGGACAGAUCUGCGACCUGGACAACACCAACCACUUCUAUGGCAAAUGCGGGGAGCACCUGGAGUGCCAGCUGGAGGCUGGAGACCUGCAGCGCGGCGAGGUGCCCGAGCCCCAGUGUGCCUGCCUCUCCCAACAGGCGCUGUGCGGCUCCGAUGGACGCACCUACCCCCAGAUCUGCCGCUUCCUCGAGUCUGCACGUGCCCACCCCGAUGCCAACCUCACCGUGGCCCAUGAGGGUCCCUGUGAGGCAGAGCCUCAGAUCACCUCUCCUCCUUAUGAUGCAUGGAAUGUCACUGGCCAGGACGUCAUCUUUGGCUGUGAGGUCUUUGCCUACCCCAUGGCGUCCAUUGAGUGGAGGAAGGAUGGCACAGAGAUGCUGCUGCCAGGAGAUGACCCCCACAUCUCUGUCCAGUUCAGAGGUGGCCCCCAGAAAUACGAGGUGACCGGCUGGCUUCAGAUCCAAGGCGUGCGGGUGACAGAUGAGGGCACGUACCGCUGCUUCGCCAGGAACAGGGUCGGGGCUGUGGUGGCAGUGGCCAGCCUGACUGUCCUCACUCCGGACCAGCUCAACCUGACUGGCUUGUCUCUGCCGGAACCCCACGCCACACCUGAGGACUACGGGGACAGCGAGGAGGAGUACUACUAGCCCAGCUGUGGAGCUUGGCAGUGGGCAGCACUCAGCCCGUGGUGCUUUGGGGUCAGGGAUGGAUCCAGAGCAAGCACACUCAGCCCUGAACUCCUCUCUGAACAUCUCUUUUUGGGCUGGAGACACAACGACUCUGUGGCUUGUGUGUCACCCUCAGGCAGGGACACCCAGGAGCUUGCUGCCAAAGUGUCUUUCUUUCCCAUUUUGUUUUUAACGAGAAAAGUAGUGAUUUGAGGCAACCUGACAUUUGUGGUUUCACCCCUGGACAAUGUUGUCCUAAAAGCCCACGUGGCCAUAAACAUUUUGGCCUUUUUGGAUUGGCUUUAUGCUUCUUCUCCCAAACAGCUCCCUGUGCUGACAUCUCAGUGAGUGCUGGGCCAAGUGUACACGCAGAGCUCUGAGCAACCAACAGGGUUCGUCCCAUGGGGUCCCUCCGGGUUGGCUGCUCUCCUUCCCUUUCUUCUUUCUUCCCUUCCUCUUUCUCUUGAAAGCUGGCUCAGACGAUGCAAUUACAGCAUCAAAACCUGAGCGAGCAAAUAAAAGGGGUUUGUCUGGA